UGCAACUAUAAACAAUCACAAUGUGAAACAAGCACAUUGUAAUCAAGUUAGAUUCGUUCAUGGCAUUACUUCAUCAUGUAGGAGUUUUGUGAAGGUAAGUUCCCACCUAUUCUGAUUAGAGUUUGAACUAUCAUCUGGUGGCUUUGGUAUGUUGUUUAUUGCCAGGCUACUCAACAAAUAGCAAAGAGGAGAACAAUUGUGGGCCUCUAACGUCAAAUUCUUGAAUUUAGUAGUUUCUAUUGCAGCUAACCAGGUUUUGGAUACUUGUCAGAGACGAGGAAUUUCUGUUAAACACAGCUUUCUCGGUGAUCUCAUCAACUUGCUGCAAAUCAGAUCAGCGGUUGUGGAAACACAUAAGUUCUGCAUCGUCUGCUGUUUAUAUUUUGAUCAUAACACAUAAAUGCAGAAGAGGAGAUCGGUCCUGCAGAAAGUGAAGCGGAAGAUAAAGUUAGUCUGCUACAGGGAUCAUGACAGUGGAAGAUAAAAGAAAGCAAUGACAACGUCGUGACAGUCGAAGUUAAAGAUGGAUAGAUCCUUCUCCGAUAGACGAAGGAAAGUGUGACUUUUUCAAGAGGCCUUGGAGGCGUUCCUUAUCGACAUCAUGUUAUCAGGGACAUGGCCUGCUCCUGUUGACCUUUGAAUUGAGGUCAACAAUGUUAAAGAUGAUAUGCGUCCAUCUCUAUGAGCCCUUUCAAGUUUGACACGUCUUGUUCUUAGUCGACCACUUCGCUCGUCAUAGUGGCCUCGUGCUCCAUCAGCCGUGUAUGUUUGGUCGACCGAGUCUGAUUUAUCCUUCUGGUCAAUGGUUAAUGCGGCACGAUGUUGACAUAGUGAUAUGGGUUUCAUAGUGUCGUCAUAGCUCGGGUCUUCCCAUCCGCUUCGCCACCCUCCCCUUACCCUCGUUGGAGGUGGGCCUCCCGGAGGGCUGCGAGACCGGCGACAGCCUACCCUCCAUGGACUUGAUGCCCAACCUCUACCACGGAUCCAAGUUUCUGCGGCAGCCCUUGGAGGAGCUGCUUCGAGAGCAGACGAUCGCCCCGAGCUGCAUCAUCUGUGGCGCGUGCUACCCGUGGACUCCGGAGGUUGCUCGCGAGCUCGGCAUUCCAUGCUUCAUCUUCCAAGGCUGUGGCUCCUUCGCACUCUUUUGCAUGCACAACCUCUACUGUUACAGGCCCCAUGAGCGCGCGUCGUCCCCGUCCGAGCCCUUCGUGCUCCCAGGCUUGCCAUUUCAUUUCGAGAUCGCCAGGCAGCAACUACCACUUCAAUUCCAGUUGUUGCCUCGUUUCACGGAGAUGCGCAAUGAAGUACGAGAGGGCGAACUCGCCAUGGACGGUGUCCUCGUCAACAGUUUCGACAAAUUGGAGCCAGGAUAUGCCGAGCGCUUAGCGGCGGCCUCCGGGAAGAAGGUGUGCACCAUCGGACCGGUGUCGCUGUGUUAGGUUGGGCAUGGCUAAUAGGGGUAAGAAGAUGUCAGUGGAUGCAAGCCGAUGCUUAGAUUGGCUUGAUUCGAUGAAACCACGGUCCGUGAUCUACGUCAGUUUCGGUAGCGUGGGCAGCUUCGCACCCGCUCAACUGAUGGAGCUCGGCUACGGUCUGCUCGCCUCAAACAGGCCAUUCAUCUGGGUCAUCAAUGGCCUGGAAAGGUUUCCGGGAGCAGUAGACCAAUGGCUGCAAGAGAAGCUCGAGAAAGAAGGUGACUCAAAGUGUCUCUUGAUCAGGGGGUGGGCGCCGCAGGUGAUGAUCCUGUCGCACCCGGCGGUGGGUGGUUUCUUGACGCACUGCGGGUGGAACUCGACGCUGGAGAGCGCGAGUGCGGGCGUACCGAUGGCGACAUGGCCGCUCUUCUCGGAGCAAUUCCUCAACGAGAAGUUGAUCGUGGAUGUGCUCGAGAUCGGAGUCGCGGUGGGCGUCAAGACCUCCAUGCAGCAGAUGAAGCAAUCGUCGGAUGAGGGAGCGCGGAUCUCGAGGGAGGAAGUCGCUAAGGCCGUGGAGAGGUUGAUGGACGGAGGGCAGGAGGGAGAAGAGAGGAGAAGGAGAGCUAAAGAAUUUGGAGAGAAGGCACGGAAAGCGAUGACGGAGGAAGGUUCUUCGUAUGAGAACGUGACACGAUUGAUUGAAUUGGUGGCAACAAAAGCGAAGGAACAGGAGAUGAAUGUAUGACUUGUUUUCCUCCACUAAGAAUGUAGCACACGCUAUGCGUCAGAAAUUGUUUGGCGAAAUAAAUGAUAACAUCACUUGGCUUCU